AGAUAAUUUAGACAAAGAUCGAAGACAUUGUCUUAAAAGUGCAAGUCAGCCGUUUUCUGCUAAAGCUCUCUCACACACGUUCGACCCGAAGAUAAUUAAGCCCCGGCUGUCGGUCGAUACAAUUUUGCAUUUGCAAAAAUAGCAUCUGCGGAUAGACAUUUUCGUUAAAAGACUACCGCUUCUCAUCAAAAGAUAGCAGCAUCGUCGUAUAUACUAUUGAUCGCAAUGGAAGUGCGGUGAAUCGACCUCAGGAACGAUAUUAAAACCAUCACCGGCAAUUCAUUGCGCCGUACGAAGGAACCGACUGGCAUCUUCAAGCCGUCGUUAGAAGGCGGAACACCGACAAAGCCGCCAGAUUCGCUCGUGAAUUCCUUCGCACGAAAGUGCGAAAAGCUCACCCCUCACCCCUCACCCUCGCGUCUUCCGCGCACGCGGAGGGAUGCCGAUCGUCGAGCGCAUCGGUCGCGGAAUGUCGCGGGCGCCAUUAAUUUUGGACGUCGAACGUGGUGAGGUUUACUCCGCGGUAGAAGUCUCGAACCACCACCACUUGCAAGCGGCAGCGUCGGCGGCGUCGGCGUCGACGCCAACACCGGUCCCGCCGGAGUUGGUGUCCGUGACGACGCCGACGUCGCUGCACGCAUCUUCCACCGGCAACAAAUAUGACGCGAGAACAACGACUGCUGGAGGGGGGCACGAAGUGAAUGUGCCAGCGGAUACUCAGGAUCUGCAGAGUGCUACACGUGCGCCGAACUCCGCAACGAUCGUAAGGCCGGAGAAGAAUCGGUCCGCGAAUAGUAGAGGGAACCGUUGGAAAGCGGUCGGCCGUGUGCUUGGUAGGCUCACGCUCAUCAUGCUGUCGCUGGCCGCCCUCGCCGGUGCUCUGGCCACGCUCGUCAUCUACAUGGGGCCGAUCUACCUGGUGCAACUGCUCGUGGUGGUCUCGGUCGCAUACUUCGUCGCCGGUGGCCGGCUGAGAUGGUUCUACAUCGCCUUCAGGACAUUACCGCGUGAUUUCAAAGGAGCUGUAGGAUAUAUUAAAUUGCUAUGGUUGAUACGUGGUCAUCAGAAAAAAAACAGAAACGUCGCUGAUGUAUUUAAGCAGCAUGUCGAUCGUCAUCCUAACAAAGUCUGCUUCAUAUUUGAAGAUCAGGAAUGGACCUUUCAACAGGUGGAGGAUUUUAGUAACAAAAUUGCGACGAUAUUCAAAAUGCACGGUUAUAAGAAAGGAGAUGCGGUUGCAUUAUUCUUGGAAAACCGGCCGGAAUUUAUCGGUAUAUGGCUAGGUUUGAGCAAACUUGGCGUGAUAACGCCUUUAAUUAACACCAAUCUACGUAAAAACAGCCUUCUGCACAGCAUCAACGUUGCGAAAUGUCAGGCGUUCAUAUAUGGUGCGGAAUUAUUCGACGCUGUGGCGGAUAUCGCCUCCUCAUUGGAUGUUAAACUGGCAUUGUACAGGUUCGGGAGUCACCCGAAUGCGAUGUCAGUCGGAUUAAAGGAGAAAGACUUGAACACCAUCUUGACAGAUGUGCCCACUACACCGCCGACGAUACAGGAGAAAAGUGGUUACAACGAUAAAUUGUUAUAUAUUUAUACCAGCGGCACGACAGGUCUUCCUAAAGCGGCCGUUAUUACCAGUGCGAGAUAUAUUUUUAUCGCUAGCGCCAUACACGUUUUGGGCAUGUUACGAAACUCUGAUAGAAUAUACACACCUUUACCGUUGUAUCAUACCGCUGGUGGAGUGAUGGCGAUAGGUCAGGCCUUGCUACAUGGACAUACAACAAUAAUAAAGAAGAAGUUUUCAGCCAGCUCGUACUUCAGUGAUUGUGCUAAAUACAAAUGCACCGUCGCUCACUAUAUAGGAGAAAUGUGUCGGUACAUACUGGCGGUACCGCCUAGAAAAGAAGACAAGGAACACAACGUCAGGCUAAUUUUUGGCAACGGACUCAGGCCGCAGAUAUGGGGUGAAUUUGUGGAGCGAUUUAACAUACCACAAGUCCUUGAAUUUUAUGGCGCAACCGAGGGCAAUGCUAAUAUCUUAAACAUCGACAACAAAAUGGGGUCGAUAGGCUUUAUCUCAAAAAUCGUCUCAUCGAUCUAUCCCAUAUCUAUCAUUAAAGUAGACGCAGACGGAGAACCUAUACGCAACGCUAAAGGGCUGUGUCAAGUCUGUGAACCAAAUGAACCUGGUGUAUUCAUCGGCAAGAUCACACAAAAUAAUCCGACAAGAGCAUUUUUAGGAUAUGUGGAUCAAAGUGAAUCCGAGAAGAAGGUAGUUCGCGAUGUUUUUACGAAAGGUGAUUCUGCUUUCCUAUCAGGAGACAUCGUUGUUGCCGACGAAUUCGGAUAUUUGUACUUUAAGGACAGAACAGGAGACACGUUUAGAUGGAAAGGAGAGAAUGUAUCAACAUCUGAAAUUGAAGGAAUAAUCAGCAAUUUCAUCAACUAUCGAGACUGUAUAGUGUAUGGUGUCGAGAUUCGAGGUACUGAAGGUAGAGCGGGAAUGGCUGCAAUCUACGAUGAAAGUGGAACAUUGAAUGUAAAUAAACUAUCCACCGACAUUAAAGAACUGUUACCUACUUACGCCAGGCCACAGUUUAUUAGGAUUCUGACAAAAAUCGAUCUUACAGGAACAUUUAAACUGAAGAAAAAGGAUCUCCAAGAAGAAGGAUACAAUCCGUAUAAAAUUCAAGACAAAUUAUAUUAUUUUGAUGCGAAGCUUGGUUAUCUUUCAUUAACAUCAGAGAUUUAUGACCAGAUUCAGCAAGGGAGAAUCAAGUUUUAAAUACAUUAGAUAGUUGGGAAAUUGUGAAUUGUGGUUAUAAUUAUAUAUACGCACACACACAUACGUGUAUGCAUACACACACACUAUCCUAAAUGAGUCUCUGAAAACUAUUUUAUAUAGAUAGUACAAUAUCCUCUAGAACUUAGUUAUAAUGUUGGGGCUGGGGCUGCAAGGUUGGAUAAGAUGACAUACAUAUAUAUAUAUAUAAGUAUAUAUAUAUUUUUUUUUUGUGAAUGUAUAUAUAUUGUGAAUCAAAUUUUAUUUAAUAUUUAACAAAAAUAUUGAUAUGCUAAUUGGAUUUUAAACAUAUUGUGUUAUCAAGUUUGCGUAUAGCUGUAUAAUGUUAAGAUUUUUUAAAUUAUAUAUUUGUUUUUAAAUAAAAAGAUCUUAUCUA